AUGGCAGAUCUCAACAUCAACAAAGACCACGAUACCACCGAUUCAUCAAAUGGAGCAGAAGCCGCUUCAUCAGAAGACCUAGCCACCGUUGUCGAUGACCUCUUAAAUCAGCUGUCUACAAAGUUCACAAACAUCUCUUCGGAUCUGCUUACAAAGAUGGAUGAGAUGUCCAGACGUCUCGACAAUCUCGAGGCUUCCAUCCAAGCAUCUGCGAGAUCCCAGAAUGAAGAGUCGAAAUGA